AUGGCUUCUCUUGACUUGGACCGCGACCACCGCGAAGACGCUCCGUUUCUCGAUACCCCUGAAAUUGCGCCCCAUGUCGAGAACAAACCGGUGCAUCCGGAGCGUAAUACGGCACCCAGCACAAUUACCUUCCGGUUGAAGGUGAUAUUGUUCGCCAUGGUGCUAGCGGUCGAAGUAGGAUUCUCUUUCCUCGAUGGCCCCAUGGUGCGCAUCCUAGAAUCUAUCGCUUGUCGACAAUACUACAACGAAGCGGAUCCCUCGCAGAUCGGGGCCAAUGGCCAGGUUCCCGAAGCUUUGUGCAAGAUUGGUGAAGUCCAGGCGGAGCUGGCAGCAGUCAAAGGAUAUCAUAUGUUCUUUGAUGGCUUAUUGAGCGCACUCAUGGCCAUCCCGUACGGUCUGCUGGCAGAUCGGAAGGGUCGCAAAUCGACCCUCGCCUGGGGAAUCCCUGGUUUCGCUAUCAACUCCAUCAUAACCAUUGUCGUUCUGUGGUUCUCGAACAUAUUUCCGCUACGGGCGGUCUGGGUGUCCUCCCUGGCGUGGCUGAUUGGGGGCGGCCCGGUCGUGGCAUUCGCGAUCAUUUGGACCAUGAUGGCUGAUGUUACCACCGAGCUGGAGAGAGCCCAAUUGUUCUUCCAGUUUGGCAUUGUCUCGAUGGCAUCCGAAUUCAUUUCUGGGGCCUUUAGCUCGUAUCUGAUGGCCAUGAACCCAUGGGUGCCAUUCCUCGUCGGUUUCGGUAUUGUUCACGUUGGUCUAUUAUUCAUUCUUCUCCUGCCUGAGACGAUGCAUGCCAUACCAUCUCGGGAGCUCGAGCCCGAGCCUUCACCUGUUGAGAUGUCCGAGCUGGCCGACGCCGAGCUUAAGCCUCGAUUCUCAACUCAGGGGCAGUAUCACGAUGAAAGCGAUGUCGAUGUGGCUUCCGGGCAGCACGAUCACUUGACCUGGAGUUAUCCGUCCCAAGAGCGCGAUUCUUUCUGGGCGAAGUGCCGAGCUAAAUACCAAUACUAUAUGAGGCCAUAUCUCUUCAUCCUGAACCGCAAACCUGUCAUCCUCCUCCUGACGUCAUUUUUGGUAUAUCGGCUCAGCCGUGGCUCUUCGUGGUUUCUGUCACAAUACGUCUCGACACGCUAUCAUUGGACAUUGGCCCAGGCCAACAUGCUCGUCUCGUCCCGGCCAACCAUCUCCAUCCCUGUGUUCCUGUGGGUUUUACCUUGGCUCAAACGCCGUGUGCUGAGCCCGCGAAAGACAGCCACGGAGAAGGACCUUUGGCUGGCUCGUGCAAGUAUUCUCUUCCUCACUAUAGGCACACUCGGAAUUGGACUCUCGCCGUCCAUCGCCACCCUGGUUCCCGCCAUGAUCAUCCAAACCUCAGGAUCGGGCUUUAUGUUUCUCGCCCGAUCUAUUGUAACAACCCUGGUCAAUCGUGACGAGACCGCUCGUCUUUAUACGGUGAUUGAGAUCCUCCAAUCCGUGGGCAACAUUGUUGCCAGUCUCUCGAUUACAGGCGUCUUCCAACUCGGUCUCCGACUGGGUGGCUUCUGGAUCGGUCUGGCUUGGAUGAUGACUAGUACGUUGUUUUGCAUGGUUGGCGCUGCCAUUUGGUGUUUCAAAUUGCCGCCGACAUCUGCACCCCGCACACCGGAAUUUGUAUUUCGGGAUCGAGGCUCGGGCAUUGCGCCCUUUCUCCCCAUUCCCUCAGAACCACUGGGGCUGCAAGCACCCCUCCGAAUCUUCCUCUUUUGCUUCCGCCUACCCCUAUUCCUUUUUGUGACCUUGGCCUACUUCCUGCUUUUGCAAUGGCUUCCUAUAGGUUCACUGGGCAAGAAAGCCGCGUUGUGGUGCAUUCUCGGCGUUCCAAGUAUCUGGUGGAUUGAUCUGCAGGUGGACGGUGUUCGGAAAGGAUCUCUUUCUAAACAUCAGCAAGCUCGUCUCCCGCAGCCUGGCUCUCUUAUCGCCUCCUCUUUUACCUCUCCCAUCGACGCCGUCUACUUGGCCGCGAUAUUCGAUCCGGUUUUCACCGCAUCUUACCCAAACACUCGACAGGUUGAGCGGAUAUCUCUUCUCCAGGCUGUUCUACGAGCCUUCGCAUCGCCCAUGACCCGCCCCGAGCCUGGCACAAAAUUGGUGGAUGUCGCCAGUCUGAUCGAGAAGUAUCCUACUCGGCCGAUUGUGAUCUUCCCUGAGUGCACGACUACUAACGGCCGUGCAAUCUUGCCCUUAAGCGAGUCGUUAAUUGGUGCUCCCGAUAAAACGAAGAUCUUCCCCGUCAGCCUGCGGUACUCGCCCGUGGAUGUCGUGACUCCUCUUCCGGGAAGCUACCUCAGCUUCCUGUGGACAUUGCUCAGUAAGCCCACACACUGCAUUCGCGUGCGUAUUGCCGAGGCUGUGACUAUUGCCCGCAACCCGUUGGAUACUUCACCCGCGCGCUCGACGCGCAAAUCAACCUACAGCACUAAUUAUCUUGACACACUGGACGAGUUGACUGCGGAUGGCGAGGCCGUGAUGGAAAAGGCGAUGCUGGAUCAUGUAGGCGAGUCACUUGCUCGCAUGGGCCGCGUGAAGCGUGUGGGACUUGGCGUCAAGGACAAGCAGGACUUUGUCCGUAUGUGGAGUAAGACUCGGUCUACGUGGUGA